GGAGCGCUUCGCCGUGCUUCGCUUUUGCUGAGUGCAGCGCCCAGCCAGCACUGCUGGACAGAACGGCAACGGCACCGCUCACAGGCACAACUGCUCCGGCCGGUGACAGCUCGCGACAGCCGUGUGCGACAGCCAGCCCUCCCGCCCCGCCCGCCCGCGAGCUGAGCGCGCGGCGACGGUGAACGCGUCGCCCCCUGCGCCCACGCACUACCGGGGCCCAGCAGGGCUCGCAACCCCCGCGGCUCGCGCCAGGAUAGCGACACCUCAACCACCGCCCACGUCACCAGAUUAACAAUUGGCCAUGGCGCCUAACGUGACCAGCACGACGACGCUGUUCAUGGCCGAGGCGGCAGUCUGCCCGACGUCCAAGCUGACGACCCUCCGCCGGCCCAGCUCUGCGACGAUGCCCUCCAUGGUCCCCGUCGGCCAAGCCGUCGGCAGCCCCGCGCCACCCACAGCCACGACCAUGGCCUCGGCCAAAGCCUCGGUCGUCGACCGUCCGGUCGCGGAGGACCCUUACGCAUGGCACAUCGUCUGGAGGAACGUAAUCGCCUUCGCGUACCUCCACUACGCGGCCGUCCGCGGCCUCUACGUGUUCUUCUCGGGCGGCAUCGCCUUCCCGACGUACCUAUGGACCGCAGUGCUUGUCGUCCUCUCGGCCCAAGGCAUCACCGCCGGCGCGCACCGUCUGUGGGCGCACCGCGCGUACAAGGCCAGGCUCCCGCUCCGAGUGCUGCUCAUGCUGUGCCAGACGCUGGCCUUCCAGAACCACAUCUACGAGUGGGUGCGCGACCACCGCGUCCACCACAAGUUCACCGACACCGACGCCGACCCGCACAACGCCUCCCGAGGCUUCUUCUUCUCGCACAUGGGCUGGCUCAUGGUGCGCAAACACCCUGACGUGAGGCGCAAGGGCGCCGGCGUGGACAUGAGCGACCUCGAACAGGACUCCGUCGUCAUGUUCCAGAAGAAGUCGUACCUGGUCCUGAUGCCCCUGAUCGCCUUCUUCCUCCCCGCCUACGUGCCGUACAAGUUGUGGGGCGAGAGCUUCUGGGCCGCCUACUACGUCAGCUCCAUGAUGCGCUACGUCCUGAGCCUGCACGGGACAUGGCUCGUCAACUCUGCCGCACACAUCUGGGGCAUGAGGCCCGUCGACAAGAGCAUCUCCCCGACCGAGAACUACUUCGUGGCGCACGUCGCCUUCGGCGAGGGCUGGCACAACUACCACCACGUCUUCCCCUGGGACUACAAGGCGGCCGAGCUGGGCGACUACUACGGCAACAUCACCACGGCCAUCCUCGACUUCAUGUGCUACAUCGGCCAGGCUUACGACCUCAAGACCGUGUCCAAGGAGAUGGUGGAGCGGCGAGUGGCGAGAACGGGUGACGGCACGCACCCCAGUGUCCAGGACAAGCAGCAGCCCCACCACCAUCACCACCACCACCACCACGGCGACGAGGUGUGGGGCUGGGGCGACAAGGACAUGCCCCAGGACGACGUCCUCGGCGCCACCAUCAUCAACAAGAGCGAUUAGGUGGCCCGGUUCGGGCCCACCCCGCCAACGCAAACGCCACUCCACGCCGCGCCACGACGGGCUGGGCCAGUC